GUACCGUGCUCCUCUUCACUCGUUGCCGAUCACCAUCCUCCUCCUCCUCCUCCUCCUCCUACUUCUCUCUGCCUUAUCCGUCCGGUGAUCAUCCCGCCCGCCCGAGACCCGACACGGCCCAGAAAGCCAAGAACGGACCACAGACCACAAAGACGAGCAGCAGCCAUGAAGCCCACAGGCCUCAAGAUGCUCCUCGCGGGAGGAGGCGCCCUGUCGUCGGGCGUCCUGGCCCAGACGAGCGGCGACCUAACUGUCCUGGCCAUGAACGUCGCCGGCCUGCCCGAGAUCCUGCAGAACAACGACGUGCCCGGCGACAAGACGACCAACUCGCGGACCAUCGGGUCGUACUUUGCCAAGUUCAACUACGACAUUAUCCACGUCCAGGAGGAUUUCAACUACCAUGCCUACAUCUACGAGACGGAUAACCAUCCCUACCGCACGGCAACCUCGGGCGGCGUCCCCUUCGGCUCCGGGCUCAACACGCUCUCCAACCAUGACUGGGUCGACUUCGAGCGCGUCAAGUGGUCGCAGUGCUCCAACGCCUCGGGCGCCGACUGCCUGACGCCCAAGGGCUUCACCUUCAUGCGCGUCCGGGUCGCCGAGGGCGUCUGGGUCGACGUCUACAACCUCCACACGGACGCCGGCACCGAGACGGACGAUCUCGCCGCCCGCAAUAGCAACCUGCACCAGGUCGCCGACUACAUCAGCGCCAACAGCGCCGGCAACGCCGUGCUCGUCUUCGGCGACACCAACAGCCGCUACACGCGCCUCCCGGACGACAUUGAGGUGUUUGGCGCGCAGAACGGCCUGAAGGACGUCUGGGUCCAGCUCGAGCGCGGCGGCGUCGUGCCGACCGUCGAGACCAUCUGCUCGAACCCGAGCACGACCAACUACUGCGAGACGGUCGACAAGGCCUUCUACCGCGGCGGGCCCGUCCUCGGCCUCGAGGCGACCUACUUCAGCUACGAGAGCUCCCGGUUCCUCCAGCCCGACGGCAACGUCCUCUCGGACCACAACCCCAUCACCGCCAACUUCACCUGGUCCCUCUCGGCCUCGCUGCGCCAGUCCGACUUCUCGGGCGGGCCCCACGGCACCUGGUUCUCCGACCUUCCCGCGCUGGCCGGCAAGUCCCGGCCCAAGGCCGCGACCCUGACGUUCCGCGGCGGCAACCGCGUCGACGCCGUCGGCCUCACGCUCGCCGACGGCACCGUCUUCUCGCACGGCGGCGCGGGCGGCACGGCGGCGACGCUGGCGCUCGGCGCGUCCGAGUUCUGGACGGCGGCCAAGGUGUGCUGGGGCCAGAAGGACGGCCUCACGCGCAUCUUCUCCAUCCUCGCGACGACCAGCGCCGGCAGGACGUUGGCGUCGGGCGCGCAGACGUCCGACUGCGCGACGCACACGGCGCCCGCUGGGUGGCAGAUCGUCGGUUUCCUGGGACGGGCGGGCGACGAGGUUGACAGGUUGGCGUUCGCUUAUGCGCCGCAGUAGACGCCCUCCCCCUCCCCCCCGUCCCCGUCCGCGCCCGCGUCCGUCCGCGUUUGUCCGUCCGUCCAUCGGGGUAAAUGGGCAGGCAGAGAGACAGGCGGUGGGAUUUACGUACAUAGUAGAUAGAUGACAAGGACCUCAUGAUGAUGAUCCAGACUACUCCGUAAUAAUAAGUAAUGCCUUCAUGUCAUGCGUCCCCGCGGCGUUGUCGAUCUCUUUGCAAGCUCCUGACCGACUUCACGGACUCGUGGUCUCCCGUGACACUGAUCGGCGCCGGGGUUGCCUUGACUCUGGAUACUUUUUGCUGCGGAUACAGAAUCUUGACUUGUUCCAGGAUGACAAACUCUCUCUCUCUCUCUCUCCCUCUGUCUUUUCUCUCCCUCUGUCUUUCUUACUGAGUCCACCACCCCGGCAGCAACGCGACUCAUGAAUCAGGGUCCUCCCCCGCUGAGCAAACUCCAGUCUACCUGUAGAUCAGCACACCGCAGGUCCACGAUGGUACUGUACAUGAGGAAGGGAUAAUUGAUUAGCGCGUGAGCGAUGUGGAAAACACACACACACACACACACGCACGCCACCCCUCCCCUCCUCCUUCAUUCAACCUUCAACGGCCCACGAACUGCUGCUCUGACCACGCGAUCUGGGUGGGUGGGCAACGCAUUCGAGCCUUUGUUCCCUUUGUCGAUCCGUUGCCUCCUCUUGUAUCGUAUUUUCUGAGCGGUUCCCACCUGGCCGCCCACCCGUUGGGAAGGGGGGGGACUAGAGUAGUAGUUUUAGCCAUGCCAGUUUUGUAAGCCACAUUGUACUGAUGCGACAGCGAAGGCACUGAGACAUUCGUCCACCGAACCCGCGAUGUACCACCACCACCAGUGUGGUACCCUCAGACCUCCCUCACCGAGAGUGGUGAAGCUUGCAGACUUUUGUCAGCUCGGAUAUACAAGAGUCUUUCUUUUGCACUCUCCGCCAGCCAACGAGCCGUUUCAAUCCCGCCAAGUUCCGUCGUACCCCAAGAUCAAGGCGCAAAGCAACGACCCAUAGGUGUAGAGAUGAAAAGAGUCAGAGAGAGAGAGAUAGUGAGAGUGAGGGGGAGAAGAGAAGAGAGAAGAGAUUCUCUUAGUUGAGACUGUGAAAACCAACAAGAGCAGGCUUCUGCCCUGUCUGGGCGCUCUGGCCCUGCACCAUCAAGACUUCGCACGAGCGUUCGUCGUCGCCCCCGGGUUCCGCGGCUAAGGAGAUUGACGCCCGCAUUCAUCCUCCUUGCUAUCCUUCUCUCUCUCUAUCUUUCUUUCUCCCAACAUGUAACAGGAAACCGGCUGAGGCUCUAGACCCAAGAGAGCCGUGGACUCUCUCCAAUGGGGAAUGACCCGGCCCCGGAUGGUGGUGGAUGGACCCUGAGCUUGUAUUUGUUGCUCACUGCCGGCGUUGAUAGGGCAAUUGGACUUUUGGUGUCCGCGCCGGCGUCACCUCCGACCCCAAUGAGCCGUGUCGACUGUUGAGCUAACCAGCCCCAUCGACCGGUCGACUCUUUAGCGGAGCGCCGGACUUCCAACUAAUCAAUGGGGAAUUACAGUUACAUGUUGUUGUGAUUCGUGGCGUGCGAACCACGGAGUCGCAUCGGAUGCCCUGAAGCUUGUCGGAGCUGAAGCCCUAGGACGGACCCCAGAUGAAAGCUUCGCAAGUCCAGUGAGUGGCUUGCUUUCGGGGGAGGGGAGAGGAGAAGGGUGAAGGGGAUUCCAGUGGCGGCUUUUCUGGCCCUGGGCGAAUAUCCCCCCGGUUCCCGCGGCACUGGGCUGUGGAAACCUGAUCUGGCAGUGAGUGCCUGAAUUAGAAUCGAAAAUGAAAUAAUAAAAAAAAGUAUAAUCAAGGCGCCAUCGUGGCUGGCAGCAAUCAC